AUGUCAAGCAGUUCGUCCAGUGGCUUCUCAGACGAAGAAGACACGGAAGUGGUAGCGCUGAAUGUGAUAGCUCCAUCCGCAUUGGAGCUGGGAAAAGUGAUGAAAAUAGCUCAGAUCUGUUCCUUCUGUACUACGUUUCGUAAGCCGCUUCGUCUUCCGAGCUUCUCACGAACGGAGCUCCAAGAGGCGUUACUGGGUGCUUCGAACAGUGACAGAACACAUAUAAAACUGCUGGCCGAAUUGCAUUUUAAACUGGCACGUGAGCAACCGACGGCCAAAAUGGAAAAAAUGAUGCAAGACUGGGAGAAAACUUUGGCACGAAAAAUGCAGGAAAACUGGCGCAAAGAGUUUACAGCAAAUCCUAUGGGUGGAGGCGUAACGUACCGAGACCUGACGGUGAUUGAACGGGUGAAUAUUCUGGACGCAUUGUGUCACUGGAAACUGGACACGUGUGCUGAGAUUCACAAAUACAUUGCAACAUUGCAGCAAGAAAACAAUAACGAGGCUAUUGAAAAUUUGCGAGCAGGAGAGAUUGGAACGGAUGAUAAGGGUGUAUCGUAUUGGUAUUUUGGUGAUGAAUGCUGGGUUUACGCAGAAGAUAAGCCGCUAUGGAAGCUUGAAGAACGAAAACCGUCGUACCUUGUGGAAUUUGCAAGUGCCAAACGAAUCCGUUUUUCGAUUAAUUUUGAUCCGGACCAAAACUCGUUAGCGCCACCUCUCCGCUUGUCGCACAAAUCAGCGGCGCUUGUUGAUGAAAUUAAUCAAGAGAAGAAGGAAGAGGUGCCGCUGGUUGCAGUAAAAGAUGAGAAGCAGAAGAUGCUUGAUGCCAAGUUUGACGACGAUGCUCUUUCUUCUGACGCAGUCCAAGUGGAGAAUGAACAGCUGGCCGUGAAAAUGGUGAAGACUGAGAACAAGGAAACAUUGCCGGCAUCAGCGGUUAUAGCAGUUAAUGUUUGUACAGAUCGAAUCAAUACAGCUGGCAAAGAUAUUGUCACCGAGACAUCAACGUACAGGAGGAAGGACAUGGGUGUCUCAUGCGAAUUAUGCGAACAGGGAGAUGUGAAACACGGAGGAGCUGCUUUUGCUGGAUUGCUUUUGUCAAAUGGUGUUGCGCAUAAGCAAUAUGAUGAAGGCUUUAGCAUGGUAGACGGUGCGCCUAAUGUUAAUCUUGCACAAAUCGCCGCAGCCAAGGAUCCAACGCCACAGAUCAAUUUGCCGCAAGUUUCUGUCAAAGCACGAGAUCAUUGCGAGAUUUUACCGGACAAUAAUGAUAAAACAGGCACGAGUGUGAGUGACAAAAAUGAUAUUUCAGAAAGCCCAGGAAAGCGUUUACCUGUGAGGGUCGGUGAAGGCAAUUCAGGCAAUUUUACCCAACCAUGUGUUGUGGCCAUUGUGGGAGCCAAAAAGCGUACAAUUAUCGACGAUGAUAGCAGCGACAGCAGCAGUACUGACGCAGAUACCACAGAAGCAGUGGGUCAUAAAAACAUAAAUCGCGAGGUGACGCCAUCUUUGACGUCACGGAAAAAACGGAAGGUUAGCAUUGCAGUCACUAACAGUGCAGCAGUAUUGGACGCUGGAACGGCCAAGGGUGAUAUCACGACGUUAAGUAACACGACAGUCGUCGGGACGGCAACUACGAAAGCAUCGAAAAGCGAUUCUGUGGCAUCGCGUAUCAAAGAGGGGAUUCCGUCUUUGUCCAAAGCUGACCCCAUUGGGUCUAAUUUGAAAGAAACGAGCUCGCCGCAACUUGAAAUUCUUAAGCCAGCAGCUUUAGAUACGAAAGAACCGAGCUCGCCGAGCAGAAAAAAUGCAGAUAACGAAGUGAUUUUAAAGAGUAAAAGCAUCAAAAUGGGUAAUGUAAUAGAACCGGCAAACCCGUCGGGUGCUACUUCGGUGUCACCAACAGACCCAGCUGCAGCACCCGAGACAUUUGACAUUACCUGCGAGAGUUGCAAGAAGUGCUACGAUAUGAGGUAUCUAGAUCCUCCGCUCGUAGAGCGCCCAUCGGAUGAGUGGCGGUGUUUUGAGUGUCUUGUAAACGAUGCUCGCGGGUGGCCACGCCGGCGAAAGCCCAUUGCCAGAGAAUCCUGUUCUCUUCGAGGGCAUAACCGGAUGGAGGAAUCGUCAUUCAGGAAACGAAGCUUGUCGAAGCCUCAAAGUGGGUCUUCGUUUUUGAAGAAGUCGAAAAUCUCCAGCAAUAACCGUUCCAGCUCAUCUACUAAGAAAAAAAGCAGUCACAGUAGCUCUUCUAAGCGCAAGUCGUCGGAUAGCAAGAAAUGUUCCAGUAAAAAGUCGUCUUCAUCAUCUUUGAGAAAACACAAAAAGCGCAAGUCGUCGUCUUCACACCAUCGCCACGGUCACAGCCACCGCCGAAGGCGUCGCAGUCAUCAUUAUCACGAGGAGUUUGCAAAGCUUGUAAAAUCGUUCCAAGAACGACAGGAGCAGCGGCUUGGCAUUGAAGAAGCCCGAAUAAAGGGGAAUCUCCCGAUGGCUUAUGAUGAAUGUCCACAAGGCUGGCGGAUAGCUAGUUCAACGCUUGAUGAAUUGCGAGCACUUAUUCAGUCACUAUCGGACGGAUCACUUGAGCAAGACCGGCUGAAAGGGCGUCUUAUCUUGAUCGUGAAAGACCAAGAGAAAUUUGAGGAGCAACGGCGCAAGCAACAGGAGCGAGCUUGGAAUAUUCUUCCGCGGCGCCAAUCGUCCCGUAUUGCAAUUGGAAGGAUGAAAAAUCAAUCUGCGCAAGACUCCGAUGCGGAAGAAGGAUAUUCUGGCAAUGACGCUGAGAGUCGACGCUUGGGUUUGCGGUUAAAGAGACGGCAUUCAGCGUCUGAUAGUGUCGAUGGCACGCAAAAGCAUGACCGAGCAUGGCGGGCUCGUCGACGGCAUAAUGAUUCUGACGAUGCUAUGCACCUUGACAAUGAAGAGAAUGAGGUGGAUAGCAGUGGUGCCGGAAACUGGAUCGACUGGUCUGUAUUUAAGGGCAACAAUCGUUGCCUUUCAACCGUUUGCCUUGCUCUUGUCGAUAGGCUAUUGCAGGAAGAAGCUUCGGAUCUCUUUUCACGACCUGUAGAUCCCGAGAUUGAUGGUUGUCCAAAUUAUUUGUCGGUGAUUGAUCAACCGAUGGAUCUUGGAACGAUUCGAUCGCGCGCAGAAGCCAAUUUUUACCGAAAAUGGAAAUUAUUUAAGAAGGACAUUGAACUGGUGUGGCAAAAUUGCCGUACCUUUAACGCCCCUGACACAAUGGUAGUGCAGUUUGCCAACUUGCUCGAAAGGUUGUCACGCUCCAUGUGCAUUGCAGCAGAGAAAAAAGGUGCAGAUCGCUUGAACGGUAAAGGAAGUGUAGGUGACGGGAGUGAUGAAAGUGAAAAUAGUCUUAGUGACGCGAGCAAAGCUGAAUCUCAUAGCAGCGUCAACAAACCAUGGACCGAGAGCAGUGCUUCAGAAAGUCGUGAUUCCAGCGAUGACGGAGGAUCUGCCCAUGAUAAUAGUGAUAGCAUUGCGCGUAGUCGCAAGCGAAGUCCAGCGCGCGGACCUGCCAAAAAUUUGCAAACUCGCGCACGAUCAACGAGGUCAAGUGGCACGCGCAGUCGGACGAGGCGGAGCACACGAAAUGGCUCGUCCAAGAAAUGCCAAGCUCCUGCUUCAAGCAGUGCCGAGUCCUUUGCUUCGGACGACGAUGAAGCAUUUUCUUCUGUCCGAAAGAGCCGACGGCAGCUUCGGCCUAAAGCUGAUCGUAAAGUGGACCCUCCCACCGAUGAUGAAGAGUCUGUCGACGAUGACAUUGAUACCAAACAGCCUCUGCCGCCUCACAAUGAAGCCUUUUCUCCGCCACCUCCACCGCAAGCGGCACAGAAGCGUCCGAAGCCUCGGCUUGUCAUUAGCGAUAGUUCAAACACUGAUGACAGCUCCGACAGCGACAGCUCGUCUUCGUCGUCAUCUUCUGAUUCGGUUGACACGGACAGCGAUUCAAGCCCUACAAACAAACAUCCUCACCCACCUCCGCCAUCUUCAGUGGAUGCACCACCGCCACCGUUGCCUCCUCCGCCUGCUACUUUGCCUGAGAACGAUAAGCCAGUGCACUCAUCGCCUAAUUACAAAGCUCAGCUGGAAACUGCUGCUGAUGAAAUGAAGAAGACGAAGACGGAUUUUGCAGGGAAGGCUAGUUGCACACAUUCCCCCACCUUUGCUGAAUUCGUAUCUCUCGCCGUCGUCGUCUUCAUCUUCCAGCGACUUUUCCUCCGGUGA